AUAAAUUCCAAAAUGUUAUCUCUAUGAAAGAUGGUCCGUGAUCUAUAACAACACGUAUCUCAGAUUCACCCACUCAUAUGCAAAUUGGCGAAAGCAAUAAAUAAAAUCUUGACCCAUAUGAUACAAAUCUACCAGAUCGUUAUGUACUGAGAGCACUGUGAGUCUUGAUUACACAUAAAUGUUUCUUCUCCUACGGAUUUCAAGAAAGACAAUUACUAAUAAUUACCCGAAAGAAGCUUUACGUGUUAAACCUCUUUCACCGGAAGAAAGCAGAUUCCAAGAAGCUGAACAAUGAAACAAGAAAGGUUCAAGAAGAACCUUAACGCCGUCGUGUUAUGUUUCUCCUUCUUCUUCCUCUGUUCCACGUCGGAUUUGCUCCUCCCACGUUCACCGUUGGCCAUACUCACCGGCGGGAGGUGGGAUCUGCUGCAGCCGAGUGUAGGUAUAUCCGCAAUGCACAUGCAGCUUCUACACAAUAACAAAGUCGUCAUCUUUGACCGUACGGACUACGGCCCUUCGAAUCUCACUCUCCCUCCUCAUCUCUGCCAAAACGCCAACGUUUUCGACUGCUCUGCUCAUUCUCUCCUGUACGACGUCGCUUCUAACACCUUUCGCCCGCUCACGCUACGUUACGACACGUGGUGCUCCUCCGGUUCUUUAAACGCCUCCGGUUCUUUGAUCCAAACCGGUGGUUACGGCGCCGGCGAAAGAACUGUACGGGUUUUCACACCCUGCGACGGUGUUGGUGCCGUUUCGUGUGAUUGGGUUGAGAACAGAGCGUAUCUCUCCUCUCGCCGGUGGUAUUCAACCAAUCAGAUUCUUCCCGAUGGUCGGAUUAUCAUCGUCGGCGGCAGAAGAUCCUUCUCCUACGAGUUUUACCCCAAGAAUACGGGAAAAUCCGUAUUCAAUCUCAGCUUCUUGGCCGAAACGAGAGAUCCGAACCAAGAGAACAACCUUUAUCCGUUUCUUCAUCUUCUUCCCGACGGCAACCUCUUCAUCUUCGCUAAUCGGAGAUCGAUUCUGUUCGAUUUCGUCAAUCACAGGAUCAUUAAGGAGUUUCCGGUGAUUCCCGGUGGCGAUAAACGGAAUUACCCAAGCACCGGCUCCUCCGUGCUCCUCCCUCUCUUACUCACCGGAGAAAAUAACCGAUCGAAGAUUGCGGCUGAGGUUAUGGUAUGCGGCGGUGCUCCCCCGGGAGCGUUUUUGAAAGCGGCGAGGACAAUUCCUAAAAUCUUCGUCGGAGGAUCUCGCACGUGCGGGAGAUUAAAAGUGACCGACCCGAAUCCGAUAUGGGUCAUGGAGCAGAUGCCAUCGCCACGUGUCAUGGGUGAUAUGUUGCUGUUACCAACCGGUGACGUUUUGAUCAUUAACGGUGCUGCUAACGGAACCGCUGGUUGGGAGGACGCAACAAACGCUGUUCUCAACCCGAUUUUGUAUUUACCCGACGAGCCUGACCCGACCCGGAGAUUCGAAAUUCUCGCCCCCACCAGGACCCCUAGAAUGUACCAUUCAGCAUCUCUUCUUCUUUACGACGGCAGAGUCUUAGUCGGAGGAAGUAAUCCUCACCGGAAUUACAAUUUCACGGCGCGACCGUACCCGACGGAGCUCAGCCUCGAGGCCUAUCUCCCGCGCUACCUCGAUCCGCAGUACGCGCGAGUGAGGCCGACGAUCAUCACCGUGGAGCUGGCUGGGAACAUGUUGUACGGUCAGGGUUUUGCCGUCACGUUCGCGAUUCCGGCGUUCGGGAUGUUCGACGGAGGAGUAUCGGUGCGGCUAGUGGCGCCGUCGUUCAGUACUCACUCGACGGCGAUGAACCAGAGGUUGUUGGUAUUGCGCGUGAGACGCGUGAGUCAGUUAUCUGUUUUCGCGUAUAAAGCUGACGUGGAAGGACCAACUAACUCCUACGUGGCACCUCCUGGUUAUUAUAUGAUGUUCGUGGUUCACCGUGGAAUCCCGAGUGUGGCUGUUUGGGUUAAGAUUUAACGUAUGCCUCUGAUAACGUUGAUUCUGCGACUUUUGACUUUAUGUUUGUUUUUUUCUUCAUGAUUUUGAUUAUAUCUUUACGUAGAUAGAGAUUUAUUAGGUCUUGAUAUUUUUGAAGAACUCUUUAGUAAACAUUUUAUUUAGUAAAAGU